CCGUUGUUCGGGGGUGUUUAAAAACAGCAUUAAAAACUGAAUAUUUUCGUACACAAUUUCUGAAUUUCAAAAAAAGAAACUAAUGAGUUUUGGGUAUACCGCGAAAAAUUGGUAAAAAUGUUUUGCUGCCUACGCAUGUGCGGCCAACUAAGGAAACCAACAACAGGUGCAACUCGGUUCAAUAACUCACAGCCAGAAGUACACCUGGAUGCAGCCCAUAUGGGUCCCGACGUCAUACUUUUAUCGCAUCAGCUGCGGGUCACAGGUACCGGGGGAGUGUUGGCCACAGCCCCACUGGUUCAGUCCAAAUCGUACUUUGAGGUAAAGAUCCAACAGAACGGCAGCUGGUCAAUUGGUUUGGGUACCCAUCAAACUGAUCUUAGCCGAAAAUGGGGUGGCGGAGAUCGGGAAUCCUGGUGUCUGUGCUCGGACAAUGCUACACGACACAAUGACGAAGAGUUUCGUCCAGUGGUGGCAGCCAGGUGCAAACAACCCGAGGCCACCAAUCCGAAUGGAAUUCUUAAUAAUUCAGUUGCAGCAGCGGCUGGACUAAUUGCCAUAGAGGAUCUGCAAGAGGAUCUACUAAUGACGACAGGUACUACGGAACCAAGAGCAAAUGAAUUGGAUGUGGGAGAUGUUUUGAUUCGAGCGCCACAAAGGGAUUUUCCUGAUGAGGGCGACGUUGUUGGUGUGGCCUUUGAUCAUGUUGAAUUAAACUUCUAUUUUAAUGGUAGAAAUCUCGAAGUGCCCUUUAGAAAUGUCCGUGGAUCUGCCCUCUUUCCAGUAAUCUAUGUGGGCAAUGGAGCCAUAUUGGAUAUCAUCUUGGACAACUUUACGCAUAGUCCUCCACCAGGAUUUGAACGCAUCCUGCUGGAACAAUCUCUACUCUAGAUCUCUGCAACUACAGCAACAGUAACAAGCGAUGAACAAGAAACCAAGUCUCUGGACGUAUGAAUCGUAUAGCAUAUUAUCUAGUCCUCAAUUCAAACUAAACAACAGCAAAGCUAAAAGUCUUUCUAUAUUUCUCUUUUCUCUAUAAAAAAAUGACAGUAAAAAUGAAUUUCAUUUGCAACUACAUUCCUGAAGAUCAAUCAGAUCGAACUGUUGUAUCAAAAGCUAGUUAGAAAGUAAUCGCGACUGCUUCAAAUUGUAUUAUACACACACCUAGCCGUUCCAAAUUCUAAGCUAAUGGACCACUUCCUAUUUAUUUAUUGAGCACGGAAAGACCUCUAAGUAACUAUAAGAACCAUGUAUUCUAUGUAUUGUAUAUUAAUAUCAACUAUAUGAUGAUGAUCUAAAUUGCUUUCACACAAAAACUGACUUAAUCCGCGUGCGGACAAUAAAUCAAUGUUAUAUUCUAAAUGAACAAGAAA